AUGUUUUACGACAAUGAUACGAAAAUCGACGGUUUUUAUGGCGAAAUGUGGAGUCUUCUUGCGGAUUAUCUCAAUUUUACACUUGUCCCGAUCAAAAAAAAUUUUCGAAAUUUUGGUGAGAGGCUAGAAAAUGGUACUCAGACCGGUUUACUUGGCGUUCUCGGGCGAGAUGAAGCUCAUGUAAUAAUAAGAAGUGGAUACACUGUAAAUCUCAUGGAUCUUCUACAGUAUACUGUACCUCUUUGGAAAUUCAGCUAUCAUAUUUAUGUUGUACCGGAAUGGCAAUUUGAUAACACAUGGGUGUUAAAGUUAUGUUCAUGGCAAUCGUGGUAUUUUACAAUGUUCUUGUUCAUCAUUCUAAGUUGCUUCGGCUAUUUUCUGCAAAAAGUACCCACGGACAAGCCCAAACGCAAAAGAAAAAGCUCUAUAGAUUACACUAUAAGCGAUCAUGUUUUUUACACGUUCACUAUAAUGACCGCACGAGGCGAUCCACCUGAAACUUUUUACAACAAGUUUAGAAUAUUAUCACUGUCAAAGAGUAUAUUCGCAUGGCUAAUACUGUUGGUUUUUAGUUCUCAUCUUAUAUAUCACGUGACAAAUAAACACAUGAUCCUAUCGUUUAAUAAUGUAGAAUCUCUUAUUAGAAAUACACAGUACACCUUAUUGGUAUUUCAUGGCAGCCUUCUCUACAAUUAUUUUAGGGAAAAAUAUGAAACAUUGAUCGACAAAGAUUUGUCGGGGCGUAUACGUUUUAUAGAAGUUUCGGAAAACAUGCACAACAUAGUUUGCAGCAAUAUAAAAAAAUACGCGAUGUUUAUGUCCGAAGAGCGAUUUAUGGCAAUGGACAGACACAGUUGCCCUCUCCAGCCUAUAGGUAGUUUUAACGAGACCUGGACAACGUUCGCACUUCAAAAGAACUUUCGUUAUAAGAAGGCCAUCAAUACUGCACUCAUCAAAUUUAGAGAAGUCGGACUGAUAGAAGGCCUUAAAGAAUAUUGGUUUAAUCCUAAAACGAAUAUAGAUCAGGCGACGUUUAAAAAGAUAGAUUUGGGUCGAGUUUAUCUAAUUUUUCUAUUACUGUGUUUCGGGAUAUUGAUAUCGCUUGUGAUACUCGUUUUGGAAAAGAUAACGUACUAUUACGAAACAAAAAAUAUCCGACAACGUAGACGCAGAUAAUCGCAAAUUUCGGAAAUUAUUUAAACAAAUAUAACAAAUUUAAAAUUUAUAACUUUUUCAAAAUUAAUAAUUUCUUUGUCCUAUGCAAACUUUAUUCUAUGUCCCUUCAUAAUUUAUUUCUUUUGGUACUUUAAAUAAUAUUUUUUUAUUUACAAUAUUUAAUUUAAAUAAUAUUAUACGUAAAAUCAAUAUGUAAGAACCAUGAAUUGUGUGUUUGUAUCGAAAAAUCACGGCAAACAUAAAAUUGAUAUCGAUUAACGCUCGCAUUAGUUUAAUGACGACAUGUACAUGCAAUAAAAGCAUAACGUGAUUCAAAGCGUUACGAUAUUCUGCAUUAUAGCAAUAACAACUAAAGUUGAU